AUGACCGUGCCCGCUACUAAGAAACAAAGAAUCAUCAAUUGUGUAUCGCAAUUGCCAUACAAGAUACAACUGGGCGAAACCAACGAUGACUGGAAGAUCACCCACGUAACGGGUAACAGCGCCCUAUACUCCUCCCUGGACUACUUGAACUACGACUUGCAAGGAGAAGUCGAACACCACGUUGUCGGCUGGACCGGCGAGGUCACCAGGGAAGCCAGCGUUCCUAACUUCACUAAGGAGGACAAGGACAAGCACGAUGCCAGUGAGGAAGACCCCAUGUACUUGACUAAAGAGCAGAUUAGCGGCUUGACCUCUACGCUGCAAGACCAAAUGAAGGUCGAGGAUAGCAAUAGCACAGUACACCCAGUCUGGCUGUUGCGCAGAGACCAGAGCAGGUGGAGAUCCUACGCGGAAAAGGUCAUCUGGCCUACUUUUCACUAUAUCUUGAACCCUUCUUCUGCUAAUAUUCAGCAGGAAAACAAUUGGUGGUACGACUACGUCAAGUUCAAUGAGGCUUACGCCAACAAAAUUGCAGAAAUUUACCAAAAGGGGGACAUCAUUUGGAUUCACGAUUACUACCUGCUGCUACUUCCACAAUUGCUAAGAAUGCGUUACGACCAGGAUGUCGCCAUUGGCUACUUCCACCACGCCCCAUGGCCAAGUCAUGAAUACUUCAGAUGCUUGCCCCGUAGAAAGCAAAUCCUGGACGGUUUGCUUGGUGCUAACAAGAUCUGCUUCCAAAACGAAUCCUUCUCUAGACACUUUGUCUCAAGUUGUAAGAGACUGCUGGACUCCUCCGCUAAGAAGACCAAGAACGCUGAUGGAUUUGAACAAUAUCAAAUUAGUGCCUAUGGUGGUGAUCUAAUUGUCGAUUCUUUGCCAAUUGGUGUCAACACGAAACAACUAUUGAAGGAUGCUUUUACCAAAGACAUUGACUCAAAGGUGCUUGCUAUUAAACAGGCUUACCAAAAUAAGAAGAUUAUUAUCGGUAGAGACCGUCUUGACCCUGUUCGUGGUGUCCUACAAAAGAUGAGAGCCUUCGAAACAUUCUUGGAAAUGUAUCCUUACUGGAGAGAUCAAGUGGUUUUGAUUCAAGUUAGUUCUCCUACUGCUAACAGAAAUUCCCCACAAACAAUCAAAUUGGAACAACAGGUCAACGAAUUGGUCAACUCCAUCAACUCAAAGUAUGGAUCUUUGAACUUCUCUCCUGUACAACACUACUAUAUGCGUAUUCCAAAGGAUGUCUAUCUAUCCUUGCUGAGAGUUGCUGAUCUAUGUUUGAUUACCAGUGUCAGAGAUGGUAUGAACACCACAGCUCUUGAAUAUGUCACUUUGAAAUCAAACAAAUCGUCAGCAAAUGCCUUGAGUUAUGGUAACCCAUUGGUAUUGUCCGAAUUUUCAGGUAGCAGUACCUUGCUAAAAGAUGCGAUUUUAGUCAAUCCAUGGGAUUCAGUUGCCGUUGCAAAGUCAAUCAAUAUGGCAUUGAAUAUGACUAAGGAUGAAAAAUCUGCCUUAGAAGAUAAAUUGUGGUCUGAGGUCCCAACAAUUCAAGAUUGGACUGAUAAGUACCUGAAGUCUUUGAAGGAAAUUAUUCAUGAUAGCUCUUUGGGAACCCCAAGUGCCGACAAGAGAAUCACUCCUGCUUUGAAUAGACCAAUUCUGCUUGAAAACUACAAACAGGCCAAACGUCGUUUAUUCUUAUUUGACUAUGAUGGUACUCUAACUCCAAUCGUUCAAGACCCAGCCGCUGCUAUUCCAACGGCAAGAUUGUACUCAAUCUUACAAAAGUUAGCUGCUGAUCCAAAAAAUCAAAUUUGGAUCAUUUCUGGUAGAGAUCAAAAGUUCUUGAAUAAAUGGCUAGGAUCAAAGCUUCCACAACUGGGCUUAAGUGCCGAGCAUGGCUGUUUCAUGAAAGAUAUUGGUAACGAAGACUGGGUAAACUUAACUGAAAAGGUUGAUAUGUCUUGGCAAGCCAGAGUUAAUGAUGUGAUGGAAGAUUUCACCAGGCGUACACCAGGCUCUUUCAUUGAAAGAAAGAAGGUUGCCCUAACAUGGCAUUAUAGAAGAGCCGUACCAGAACUUGGUGAAUUCCAUGCAAGCGAAUUGCAAAAGGAACUACUAAAGUUUACCGAUGAUUCUGAUUUAGAGGUUAUGGAAGGUAAGGCUAAUAUCGAAGUCCGCCCAAGAUUCGUUAAUAAGGGUGAAAUUGUUAAACGUCUGGUUUGGCACGAACAUGGUAAGUCACAGGACAUGUUGAAGGGUAUCAACGAUACGUUACCUAUCACAGAAAUGCCUGAUUUCAUUCUGUGUCUAGGUGAUGACUUUACUGACGAAGAUAUGUUCAGACAACUAAACACCAUUGAGUCUGUUUGGGAUAAGAAAUUCCCUGAUGACCGUAACAACUUUGGUCACUUUGGAUUCUACCCAGUUACCGUUGGUUCAGCUUCUAAGAAGACUGUUGCCAAAGCUCACUUAACUGAUCCUCAACAAGUUCUAGAGACACUUGGUUUACUUGUUGGAGACGUAUCUUUGUUCCAAAGUGCUGGUACUGUUGAGCUGGAUGCUAGAGGCCACGUUAAGAACAGUGAAAGUAGUUUGAAGUCAGAACAAGCAACCGCUCAAUAUGUUUUAAAGAGAACGGCAUCAUCUCAGAAUGUUAAAAAGGAUAAAUAA